AUGUUUAUAUGGACCAGUGGCCGGACUUCUUCAUCUUACAGACAUGAUGAAAAAAGAAAUAUUUACCAAAAAAUCAGGGACCACGACCUCCUGGACAAAAGGAAAACUGUCACAGCACUGAAAGCAGGAGAGGACCGGGCCAUUCUCCUGGGACUGGCCAUGAUGGUGUGCUCCAUUAUGAUGUACUUUCUGCUGGGGAUCACACUCCUGCGCUCAUACAUGCAGAGUGUAUGGACCGAGGAGGCUCAGUGCACCUUGCUGAAUGCGUCCAUCACAGAAACAUUUAACUGCUCCUUCAGCUGUGGUCCGGACUGCUGGAAACUCUCUCAGUACCCCUGCCUACAGGUGUAUGUUAACCUGACUUCUUCCGGUGAAAAGCUCCUUCUCUACCACACAGAAGAGACAAUAAAAAUCAAUCAAAAGUGCUCCUAUAUACCUAAGUGUGGAAAAAAUUUUGAAGAAUCCAUGUCCCUGGUGAAUGUUGUCAUGGAAAACUUCAGGAAGUACCAACACUUCUCCUGCUACUCUGACCCGGAAGGAAACCAGAAGAGUGUCAUCCUAACCAAACUCUACAGUUCCAACGUGCUGUUCCAUUCACUCUUUUGGCCAACGUGUAUGAUGGCUGGGGGUGUGGCAAUUGUUGCCAUGGUGAAACUCACACAGUAUCUUUCCCUGCUCUGUGAAAGGAUCCAACGGAUCAACAGAUAA